AUGGCGAAGCCGAAACACGUAGCGCUAGCAAGCGCAACUAGCACCGACCCUGCGACGACGACGAAGCGACGCAAAACGUCCGGAGGCUCAGGGCGCGAUGCCAUACCGGCGCCUGCGCCGCCAUCUUCUAUACGGAUUCAUGGUGAGCCAACGGGGGCAGCGGUGCAAGCAAUGGGCGACCCUCAUCCCGACGGUUUCACCUUGACGAAGCUUGCAGAAGCUUGCGAGGCGCUCCAUUCGACGCUCAAGCGUGCUAAAGAUGGCAAGCGCCAAUACGGAAAACGCACCAAAAUGGAGAAGUAUCGACUAUCCGAUCACCAGAAUGUACUCUUCGCCAACAGUUAG